AUGGCGUCUGAGAAGAUGUCAGAGUCGGAAAUGGCAAAGUUGACAGAGCUUCUGGCAAAAGCACAGCGUUCUGGAUGUGCUCCUGAGGUGCUGCUUCAGGGACCUAUGCCAUCUGGAAAGGUGGAACGCAGUCAGAGUUCUAUGUCAGAUUCUUCCAAGCGCCGCUUGGUUGCUCCGGAUGAGUUCGAGAUUCUUGAACCACCCUUUGUGAGUGGAGCUGGCCACUCGACACUUGUGAAAGAAUCAGAAAUAGUGGAUUUCGGAAAGGGAGAUGUGAAUCUCAAGAUCCCUGUCCCUAGAGAGGUGAAGGAUGGUCGUCAAUGGGGUUGCACUUUGAUGCAGUUGCCGGCUCUGAAGAGUCGCAAUUUGAGCUAUGAGGAGAUCUUUGACCUUGUGGUUGAAGAGGAUGCCGACAUUACCAAGUACUGUCGAUGGGUCAUGGAGACUCAUGGAAAGACAGUGACCGAUGCUCCGAGGACUCGUGCUGAGGAUUUUGCAAUGUACCUGAGGUACCGCAAAGCCGAUGAAAUCAUGGGCACUGGCAAGUUGCAGCGAAAGUACAAGUCAUGA